AAUACUAUGUACACAAACUGUCAUCUAUAAUAAAGGAGACACAAACUUCAGUAAAUUUACUUUAACAUAAUUUAAUAUUAAGUGAGAAUAAAACAGUUUUUUUUAAUUUCAUUUGUAAGUAAUAUUGCUUAAUGUACUUUUCAGCUUACCCCUAAUGCUAAUCCAAAAUUUACUUAUGGGAUAUUAUUUCCUGGCCCUAACAAAAUAUAUUUUGUGAAAUCUAAAUGUAUCGAAAAAACGAAAUGUUACAACUUUAAACACAUCGGCAUAAUGUGAACGAUAAACGGUUAUCCAGUCACCAAGAAAUGCAAUUCUUGUUUUUGCCACUUGGUGGAGACAGGGCUUCGAUUUGUUUUUGGUCCACAAUUCUUAAACAGCACAUACAUGUAAAUACAUACACGACAGAGAAGUUAGGGGCUUUUUGUUGAGAAACAAAGUGGUACAAACAAAACCCGCAUCGCAUUUGCAUAAAUUAUACAUCCUUAACUUCAAUUAUCUUAUUUUUGUAUACAAAUAAGUCUACAAACCUAAGUAAAACAGAAUAAGAUGUUAGUUAUGUGUGUGUGUGUGUAUAUAUAUAAUUAAAUAUCUAAUUUGAUGUCAUGUCCUGCAGAAAUAAAUAUACCAUAGAAUUACAGUAAUCUUUUAUUGAUAAAUAUUGUCUUCUAACAGCUAAAAACAUUUAGACUAUGAGUGCCAUAUUUGUACAUACAAGACCUUAUUGUGGGGUAAUGCACGCAAGAACUCAUGCACCAAGAUGAUUGUACACUCAUAAAUGCAAUAUUUUAAAAGUAGUAUUGUAUAUGUUUUUGUAGACAUUUAGCAAUAAGGUGUGCCUGUUUGCAAGUCACACUUGGGUCAAUGUGGUAGCAUCUGACUCACAUUUCACAAGGACAAGCUAUUAAAUGUUAAUGCAGUCGUCUUCAGGAGCUACAUGUGCUUAAAUUAUGUAUCUGGCAAACAGGUUUCAUUCAGUCCUGAUGUCUUUGAUCAAGUGUCAGUACACCAGACAUCAACUUAACUUGACUUAAUUUGAGGUUAAAAGUCAAAAAACAGUACAAAAAGUGAAGCCACGGGACUGCUAGUGUUAAAUAUGUGAUAAACACAUUGGAAUAUUAAGACCUGUAUUUCCGUCUGAUGUUAAUUAACCUUUAAUUGUGCAGUCCUGUGUAAAAUAGCAUGAAGUAAUCAGAACAAUAGGAAGUAAAGGUGUGAGAAAGAAACAUCUUCCCCACAAAGUCUGUAGUGCCAUUUUAAGCAAGAGUUUUCAGCUGCAUAUAAGUUACAAUGUUAUGCAUGUAUAAGCAUGUCAUCACAGGAAGCUGUGGUUGGUCCCCUUCCUGUUCUUGUGUCUGAGCAGAGGCAUUAUCACUUUGCUGCUUGGGGUUAGGGUCUUGCCCCUCUCUUGUUCAGACACACAGGAAGCGUUUGAUUCUGUCUCCAUUAUCAGCUGCUACUGCACGAGUGGAGGCAACAGGUGGUUGUUUACACAGUAUAAAGUAUCUGUGGCGAGGUCGUGUGCUUGUGGUUGUGCAGGCAACCCGAAGCGUGUGCAUCCAUGGAGCCUGAGCCUGGUAUCGUGUCUCCGUUCAAGCGAGUUUUCCUGAAAGGAGAGAAGGGGAGGGACAAGAAAGCUCAGGAGAAGUCUACAGAGCGCAGGGCGCUGCACACCUUUUCACUCUCUCAGCCUGACCACCGCAUUGACCCCGACAUACUGCUUAAUGACUACAUUGAGAAGGAGGUCAAAUACUUGGGGCAGCUGACAUCAGUUCCAGGAUACUUGAAUCCAUCAAGUAGAACAGAGGUGCUACAGCUCAUUGACAAUGCAAGGAAGUCACAUCAGUUGGCAGGCCAGCUGACCUCUGAGCAGGACGCUGUGGUGAGUUUGUCGGCAUACAACAUUAAGCUUGUGUGGCGAGACGGAGAGGACAUCAUCCUGAGAGUUCCCAUCCAUGAUAUUGCUGCUGUGUCCUACAUCAGGGACGACUCGUUGCACCUUGUUGUGAUCAAAACAGCCCAGGAGUCAGGAGGUUCCCCUUGUCCCAGCUCGUGUCCUGAUCUUAACAAAUCUCAGACUCUGAGCUCUUUAUCAGAAAGUGGAGCUGUUUUGGUGGAGGUCUGCUGUCUGCUGGUGCUGGCUGUUGAUAAUAAGGCAGCAGCCGAGGAGCUGUGCCUUUUGCUCAGUCAGGUCUUUCAGAUCGUUUACACAGAGUCCACCAUUGACUUCCUAGACAGAGCCAUAUUUGAUGGAGCAACAACACCGACAAGGCACCAUUCUUUGUACAGCGACGACUCUUCAAGCAAAGCCGACGUUAAAGAAGCCUUUGAAACAGAGGGCGGCUUAUUUCCUUUCCAGGUCUCUGUGGAAGGAGAAGGAAACUCACCGACAACGUCUACCCCAGCAUCUCCUCAGACAAAGACUGCAAGUGAAGGAGAACUCAGUACCACUGCUGCAGAGCUGCUGCAGGACUAUAUGACCACACUGAGGACAAAACUGUCAUCGCAAGAAAUCCAGCAGUUUGCCACCCUGCUGCAUGAAUACCGCAAUGGCGGAUCCAUCCAUGAGUUUUGCAUUAAUCUCCGACAACUGUACGGUGACAGCAGGAAGUUCCUACUUCUUGGCCUGCGGCCGUUCAUACCAGAGAAAGACAGUCAGCACUUUGAGAAUUUCCUUGAGACCAUUGGUGUGAAAGACGGCCGAGGGAUCAUCACAGAUAGCUUUGGCCGCUACCGGCGCACAACCAGCUCCGCCUCCGAUUCAACAACCAAUGGCAACGGAGCGAUGGGAGAAGGUGGUGCGAGCAGUGCCUCCGAUGAGGGUCAGAAGGCCUCAGAGGGUGAUGACUGGGAUCGCAUGAUCACGGACAUCAGCAAUGACAUAGAAGCUCUUGGCUGUAGCAUGGACCAGGAGGCAGUGACACCAUGACACGUGGUCUGCUGUGUUCAGUACCGUUCAGACAGUAAACUGACAGCCCACUCCUCAAAUAAACAGUAGGCAUUAGAAGAAUGCAUCAGAUGAAGGUGGUCCAUAGCACUGACCUAAGAUAUUAAAUCAGUUAUUCUCCUCUAAAUGCAGAGAGGAUGCUGUAUAGUUAAUCAAGAAAUACCUAACUAUCAAACAUGAAGUCAACAAGCGCACUUAUGCAGAACUCUGGAGAUGACUUUUCACUUUGUUUGCUGUUUUGUAUUUCAGGGGCGUUUGAAGCCUCUGGUUUGUUUUUUAAAGUUUCUCUGACAUUUUUUAUUAUUCGUUUAUUGGCAGUAUCUGCCACUGCUGGUAGCGAAAACAACUCCACAGGUUAAGAAAAUGUCUAUUAAUUACCCUCAAAGACACUGGUGCGUCUGUGGACCGUGUAAAUGUUUGAGAAGACGGAGAGUGAAGCUGUAUUUUUAUUUUGUAUUUGGUCAAUCAGCAGCUUUGUCAGACCAAACGACUUUGGAUUUUCAUCAGUUACUUCACGUUUGUGCGUUUGCUGUGAGAGUGAAAGAACUUGCUAUAUAAUUUUGUGUUACACUAUCAUUUGUAUCAAGUGUUUACUCCUAUAUAUGUAUAUAUGUGUAUAUAUAUAUGUGUGUGUAUAUAUAUAUACACGUAUAUAUGGAUAUACGUAUAUAUAUAUACUUUUUCAAACUGCCCAAAAAAUGCUGUAAUAACAACAAAUUGUCAUUCGGUUGAACGUAGCCGAGUGAGGACUGUAUUUGACAAAGCCUGUUAGCUGAUGGCUGAUGUAACGUUAUGGUUUUUUAUAUAUAUAUAUAUAUAUUUCUUCUUCCCAUGCAGGUCAUCUUUUUAUGACAUUACAUCUGUCAUUGUGCCUUUACACUGCAGUAGUGUUGCCAACUGUCGGUCCCUUGCAGACUGGUCAUUAUGAAGUUGUUGAGAAAACCAUAGUUAUUAAAUAACAUUUACACUGUCUGUCUGGUGUGGUAAAAUCACAAGAAUCAAACGUGAUAUGUAUCCUGUCAUCAACUCCUCAGGCUCUGUGACUUGACACUGAUUUUACUUAAUUUGACCAAACAGGACGGGAGGUAACAAUUAAAAAAAAUGUUGAGUUAAA